GGGCCAGGAGGAAAACAAAAGAAAUCGCCAGGAGGGGUCCUUAUGACACCUCUGGGCCCUCAGGACGGGCUCAAAGUGAUGGGAGAGAACACUGCAGAGAUCGGCGAGGCCCAGGAUCCCCCUGGGCGGCUGGAACGGGGCAGCCCAGGGCGGGAGAAGUCAAUGUCAUCCUGGCCCCAUUUAGAAGCAGCCCUUAUGCCGGUUCCAGAGCGGGAGACCCAGAAUCUCAUAGUUGUUUACAAACACAAAGAAUGAAGAUGAGACGCUACAAGCUCUUUCUCAUGUUCUGUAUGGCCGGCCUGUGCCUCAUCUCCUUCCUGCACUUCUUUAAGACCCUGUCCUAUGUCACCUUCCCCCGGGAACUGGCCUCCCUCAGCCCGAACCUCGUGUCCAGCUUCUUCUGGAACAAUGCCCCCGUCACGCCCCAGGCCAGCCCGGAGCCGGGUAGCCCCGACCUGCUGCGAACGCCGCUCUAUUCCCACUCGCCCCUGCUCCAGCCCCUGUCGCCGAGCAAGGCCACCGAGGAGCUCCACCGGGUGGACUUCGUGCUGCCCGAGGACACCACCGAGUACUUCGUCCGCACCAAGGCCGGCGGCGUCUGCUUCAAACCGGGCACCAAGAUGCUGGAGAAGCCCCCCUCGGGGCGGCCCGACGAGAAGGCCGAGGGCGCCGACGGCUCCUCGGCCCGGGGCCCCGCGCGGCACCUGCUGAGCACCCGCGAGCGCCCGGGGGCCCGCGGCGCGCGGCGCAAGUGGGUGGAGUGCGUGUGCCUCCCGGGCUGGCACGGGCCCAGCUGCGGCGUGCCCACCGUGGUGCAGUACUCCAACCUGCCCACCAAGGAGCGCCUGGUGCCCCGGGAGGUGCCGCGGCGGGUCAUCAACGCCAUCAACGUCAACCACGAGUUCGACCUGCUGGACGUGCGCUUCCACGAGCUGGGCGACGUGGUGGACGCGUUCGUGGUGUGCGAGUCCAACUUCACGGCGUACGGGGAGCCGCGGCCGCUCAAGUUCCGCGAGAUGCUGACCAACGGCACCUUCGAGUACAUCCGGCACAAGGUGCUCUACGUCUUCCUGGACCACUUCCCGCCGGGCGGGCGGCAGGACGGCUGGAUCGCCGACGACUACCUGCGCACCUUCCUGACGCAGGACGGCGUGUCGCGGCUGCGCAACCUGCGGCCCGACGACGUCUUCAUCAUCGACGACGCCGACGAGAUCCCCGCGCGCGACGGCGUGCUCUUCCUCAAGCUGUACGACGGCUGGACGGAGCCCUUCGCCUUCCACAUGCGCAAGUCGCUCUACGGCUUCUUCUGGAAGCAGCCGGGCACCCUGGAGGUGGUGUCGGGCUGCACCGUGGACAUGCUGCAGACGGUGUACGGGCUGGACGGCAUCCGCCUGCGCCGCCGCCAGUACUACACCAUGCCCAACUUCCGCCAGUACGAGAACCGCACCGGCCACAUCCUGGUGCAGUGGUCGCUGGGCAGCCCCCUGCACUUCGCCGGCUGGCACUGCUCCUGGUGCUUCACGCCCGAGGGCAUCUACUUCAAGCUCGUGUCCGCCCAGAACGGCGACUUCCCCCGCUGGGGCGACUACGAGGACAAGCGGGACCUCAAUUACAUCCGGAGCCUGAUCCGCACGGGCGGCUGGUUCGACGGCACGCGGCAGGAGUACCCGCCGGCCGACCCCAGCGAACACAUGUACGCCCCUAAGUACCUGCUCAGCAACUACGCCCAGUUCCGCUACCUGCUGGACAACCCCUACCGGGAGCCCAAGGGCACAGCGGAAGGUGGGCGGCGGAACAGGGGGCCCGAGGGAAGGCCGCCCGCCAGGGGCAGAUCGGAUGUGGUCGAAGGCUAAGGCUGCGAGAUCUUCAAAGAGCCGGCGGGCGGGGCGGGGGGAUGGCGGCAGCCCCUCCCGCUGUUUCCCUGCCUCCCUCUGCCGGCUGCCUGGUUCCCGAGAGGACCGAGCCCUUGGGAACCCAGGGCCAGGCCUGUGGGCUCACAAAGCAUCCUUCCUUGUCGGGAGAGGGGAGUCCAGCCCUUCCGUCCACCCAGAGUGCUGUGGCCAGGAGGUGCCAACGGAGAGUGCAUGACGGUUACUGGGCAGCCAGGGAGGGCGGGCAGGGUCGGGGAAGGGGACCCGCAGGAGAAGCUCCCCAGGCCAGCCACGUGGGAGGUGCGGCCCCGGCCGGGGAGAAACCUGCCGUUGGGCCUCCUGGGGCUUUGGACCUGCAGCGGGAAGGUGGGCAGGCCGGGAGGUCCUGGGGCUCUGUAAAUGGGUGCAUCCGGGUGCAGGAGGAAGAGGGGACAGCAAGGUGGGAGGGAUGUAAAGGAGCGUCCAGCUGGGAGGAAGCGCAGUGUCCUCGGAAGGGCUGAGCCGGAGGGAGCAGAGAGCUCUGCCCGCAGGACACCCCUGCGCUGGACAGCACCCGUGGGGUAGGGCCUGGAGUCUGCCGAAGCCCGGGGAGUCUUGCUUUUGGUUCCAAACCUGGCCUUGACAUCCCGUCUUUCUUUUUAUACUGUCGUCUUGUGGGCUGCCCGCUCAGCCCUCGCAAGGCCAAGACUCCAGUUCUCGGGGUGGGAUGGGAGCCGGAGGCUGGACCGUCAGGCCGGCCUGGGAGGGGGCCUCGGGGAGGCAGAGGUUCCCCAUCACCCCUUCCCACUGGGACCCACAGCCCCAGCCCUCCACCGUCUCUGAUAGAGUCACCCUUGUGCCCCUGCUCGGGGCUGGCUAGAGCCAGGAAGGGCCCACAGGCUGCCUGGGACCAGGAAGGACUUUGAGGUCAGUUAUGUCAUCUCAUUCCCCUCAGUUUAUCUCAUGGGGGCAGGGGAUGUAUCGGUUAGAUUCUAAGCUGCUGCCAUUAAGAGGCCCCCAAACACAAUGGUUGAAGCAAGACAAGCUUGUUUCUAGCUUAACUGUCCAGAGGGAGAUGGUCCAGAUCCAGUAGGGCAGCUCUGCUUUUUCCCACAUACACACCUUCCAGUUCUGGACAGAGCGGUGGCUUCAGCUCCCACCAUCACAUGUGCAUCCCAGCCUGGGAGAAGCAGAGAAGGGCAAGAGAAGCACAUGUCCUUUCCCGUUAAGGGCAUGAGCCAGCAUGGCAUGGUCACUUCCGAUCGCAUCUCACUGGCCGGGUCUUAGUCACGUGGUCACAAGCAGCUGCAAGGGAAGCUGGGAAAGGGAGUGUUCAGCCACAUGCCCAGCCUCAGCUUGAGAGUCCUCUUAGUAAAGGAAGGAGGAGAGCACGGAGACCAGGAGCAUCUUUGGCACAGAGGGAGGGCCAUGGGGAGAGAGCGUCAGAAUGACUAACACAGUCCUAGGAUCCUCCUCUCAAGUUCAGAGCUCUUAGACGCACCUGCUCCUGCCCCCAUUCACUGCCAGUCCAGAGCUGGGGGGGGGGGGGCGGGCAGUGAGAGCCUGCAGUUGAAGGAGGGGUGAGACACCGCCCUCCUGAGGCCCCCACAGAUGUUCACCCAGCCAUGCCAGGAUGCAGAGCCUGCCUGCCGAGCGGGACAUGUUUGUGUGUGCGUGUGUGUAUUUAUGGGCAUGUGUGCAUGUUUGGUGUGUACUUGUGUGUGUCUGUCUUGGGGUGUCCCUGUAAAUAGAUGCUUCUGUGUGGAUGUGGGGGCAGGGCCCAGGCCUCCCCUUCCCCGGGACCUGGAGACUGUGGCCACAGCCCCUCACAGCUCCCCCAAAGUGACUGAGGCGCAAAGCCCUCGGGGAGCCUAGCAAGCAAGGCUAAAGGGGGAUGCGGGGUCUGUCUGUCUGUCUGUCUUUCAGUCCAAGGAAUGAGAAUCCUCCGGGCCCGAGGGCUGAACAGCUGAGAGCUCACUACCUCCCCGGCCUGUUUUGGUCCCCACCGUAUCCUUCCAUCCCAUCCCACCCAGCCUCCAGCCAGGACUGUCUCUGGGGGUCUUGUUGGGGUUUCCUGACGGGCCAGAAGGGGAGGGGGUCUCCCCUGCCUCAGCUCUGUCCAGAGAACUGUCUGGCGUGGGUGUGGUCUGGGGAGCUGGCCGCAGAGCAGCGUCCGGCCGGCAGGCAUGAAUCAGGUGGCAGGGCCCUAUGGCCUCCAGUCUCCCACCCCAAGCAAGUCUUUAGGGUGCCCUGAGGGAACCCCUCCCUUGGAGUUACAGCAGUCCCCCUAGUCCCUCUUGGAUCUGAGAAGUGGCAAAAGAAAUCAGGAUGUCCCUGUGGCUCUGGGCCAACCCAGACCGGGGCCUGUCUUCCCAGCCACCUCUGCUCACCCCCCGGACAGGCAGUCUCUGGGGGCUCCUGACUCGGGCCUGAGUCCCAGCCCAGGGCCUCCCUCCUGAGGGCUUCCUCACCUCGUGCCCCUGGCACCCUCGGCUGCUAUGGGCAUGCCCCCUCCCCAGGCUGGCAGGGGUCCCUGGCCUCCAGUUCACCAGCUCCGGGGCAGGGGAAGGAAGAGGGGAGGAGCUCAGAUCUGCCAGGACCCACCUUCCCUCUCAGACCCAGAACCCUGUUCGCGGUCACUGCCGAGUGGAGACCUGGCCAUUGGGUGGAUACAGCAGCCAUCAGUGGAGGGGGGGGGGGCGGGGGGCAAGGUGUGGGGUUGAAGAGUUUCACAUAUACUCACAUUCAUACACUGGGAAUUCUGGGGGGUGGGGGGUCGGGGGGCGGGCAGGGGAGCCCCGGGCCACUCCCCCAGUAUGAAAGGAAACCAAACUGUGAAUGUGUGAGGGCGGGCGCACUGCUGGCCCUGUCGCCAUAACCAGGUGUCUUUCCCUGGGAACCACUGGCCCUACGACCUCUAGACUCAGGAGGCUCAGCCAGCCCACAGGUCAUGUCCAUUCCCAGGGGCGGGUGUGGGAGAGCUUUGGGGGCAAAGGUGACGGUUGGGGAGGGGAUAUAGGACUUCCCCAAGCAGAAGGCAAGGCCCUGGGAAAUGUAUAAUUUAAGGACGCCAAUGAUAAUAGUAUUAUUUUUUUUGUAAGGGAAAAUCAAUAUGUACAUUCUGAAAUCAUUUUCUCUGUAAAUGGUUGGAUUUCAUUUCACCCUUAAAGGGAUGCUUAAAGGAAAAGAUAAUAUUAAUAAUAAAAACAGCUACAAAGUCUGAAA